GCCGUGGACGCGCUGCAGGAGUUGGACAUCGGAGACUUCGGGGCACGACCGUGGCUCCGCAAAUCUAUCCUCACGGCCUUGCAGCGGGCGGCACCAACGUUGCGCUGCCUGCGUGCGCAGCGCAUUCCAGCGGCGAUCCUGAAGAUCGGGCUUUCCAGUCUCUUUGAGACGGGCACCUGCCUGGAGGGCGGCGCACGGCAGCUCGAGGACGUCGAGCUGGAUGCAGGUGGCCCUUGCGACUGCCUUGUGCCCAUUUUCGGAGCUGCGCCUUUGAUGCGCCUUCGCCUUGCCGGCGACCUCGGCGACGGCCCGGGGGCGAAGCUCGUCCAAGCGCUCAGAGGAAAGCCCUUGGCAGAACUUUCCCUUCCCAGCUGCAAGCUGGGUCCGAACACGGCAAGAUACCUCGCAGUGGUGCAGAAGAUGCAACCCUGGCCGCUAGAGGUGCUGAACUUGUCCUGCAACAGUCUGGGUGCGGAGGCGGCAGAGAUGAUUAAAGCUUUUGCCGCAGGGAAGCUCCGAUCCUUCAGGCUCCCGCGCUGCGCGCUGGAGGAGAACGCCAUGGCACCAUUGGGGAUCAUGGUGGUGCGCGCGGCAGUCUUGGAGUAUUGUGACGUGCGCCAGAACCCGAGGAUCCGAGAAGCCGAAGCGAAGCGCCAGUUCCUUCGCGCCGCAGAGCUUGCGUUGGGAGAUCCGGCCAACGACCACGGCUCACAGUGGCCACUGGAGGCUCUGAUCCCCGGACGACUGGACCUUCGCAUCACCCCUGGAGAGGUCGAUAACAACGAUGCGUCUCAGCCGCUGCCCAGGAGCAUCGGGCGCUUUCAGAUCUUGCAAGGUGACCACGGUGCCACGAAUGGUUGA